AUGUAUACAGAAUCCAGUGACUAUAAACACUUACCCAUUCUUGAGUUCCAUCUUGGGACACAAGGCCACUACUCAGAUGGAGAACAUGAGAAGACUGAGUUGACUGGUCUGUUUUUGGAGAAGCCAGUAGAUGCAGUGGCCAUUACAGGGAAAGAUGCAACGUUUAUAGCUAAGGUGGAUGCCUCCAAUCUGCCCAGGAAGCCCACAUUGAAGUGGUUGAAGGGAAAGUGGCUUGACCUCGGCAGUAAAGCAGGAAAACACUUGCAGUUUAAAGAGACCUAUGACAGGAAUACUAAGGUGUAUACUUAUGAGAUGAAGUUAGUGAAAGUGAAGCCAGGCGAUGCAGGAGGUUACAGGUGUGAAGUGACAGCAAAAGAUAAAUGUGACAGCUGCACCUUUGAGAUCUCUGUAGAAGCUGCUGAACAAGAUCAAUCCCAGGACAUUCUUUCUGCCUUUAAACGAGCUGAUGCGGGUGAGGAUGAAGGAGAGCUGGACUUCAGCGCUUUGCUCAAAGCCACUAAAAAGCCUAAGAAACAGACACAAGUAGUUGAUGAGAACGAGAUUUGGGAGCUGUUGAAAAAUGCCCACCCAAGUGAAUAUGAGAAAAUUGCAUUUAAAUAUGGAAUCACCGAUCUGAGAGGAAUGCUGAAACAUCUGAAGAAGUUGAAGCCUGUUGAGCAAAAACACAGUGAAGCAUUUCUGAAACGUUUGGAAGAGUUUUACUCUGUAAUGAAGGGAAAGAAAGUUGUGCUUCGUGUGGAGGUUGCAGAUCCCAAUGCUGAGGUCAAAUGGCUCCGAAAUGGACAGGAGAUUAAACCUUCAGCCAAAUAUAUUAUGGAAGCCAGUGGGAAUGUCCGCACUCUUACAAUUAAUAAAUGCACCCUGGCUGAUGAUGCAGCUUACGAGUGUGUGAUUGGAGAAGAUAAGUGUUUCACUGAGAUCUAUGUGAAAGAGCCACCAGUUACAAUUACAAAGCUGCUGGACGACUAUCAGGUGGUGGUCGGAGAGAGGGUGGAGUUCGAGAUAGAGGUUUCAGAGGAAGGAGCACAUGUCAUCUGGUGCUAUGAGGAUCAGGAGCUGAGCCGUGAUGAUAAGAAUAUACACUAUCGCUUUAAGAAAGAUGGGGUGCGCCACACACUGAUAAUUCAGGAGGCCACCCUGGAUGAUACAGGAAUGUACCAUGCCUUCACCACCGGGGGACACACUAAAGGAGAGCUGAUUGUGGAGGAGAAGGAGUUGGAGAUUUUACAGAGUAUAGCUGACCUGACAGUGAAGUCAGCUGAGCAGGCCAUGUUUAAGUGUGAGGUCUCAGAUGAGAAAGUGACAGGAAAGUGGUUUAAAGAUGGCGUGGAAGUUCUGGCGAGUGACCGCAUCAAAAUCACACACAUUGGCCGGAUUCAUCGUUUGACUAUAGAUGAUGUGAAGCCGAGUGAUGCUGGUGAUUAUACGUUUGUUCCAGAUGGCUACGCUCUAUCCAUCUCCGCCAAACUCAACUUCCUGGAAAUCAAGAUUGACUAUGUGCCAAGGCAAGAACCUCCUAAGAUCCAUCUUGAUGUAUCGGGCAACAUUGUCUCUCAAAACACAAUUAUAGUUGUCGCUGGAAACAAGCUUCGCCUUGAUGUUGAGAUCACAGGAGAGCCUGCCCCUACUGUGUGCUGGAAGAAGGGCGAAGAACAAGUAACAGCGACAGAAGGGCGUGUCAGAGUUGAGACUAGGACAGGCCUGAGCUCAUUUGUCAUUGAGGGGGCAGAGAGAGAUGAUGAAGGAAACUACUGCAUCACUGUGACUAAUCCAGCAGGAGAGGAUAAAGCUAACCUGUUCAUCAAAAUAGUGGAUGUUCCUGACCCUCCUGAACAUGUGAAGUGUAUCGCAGUAGGAGAGGACUGCGCUACUAUCACCUGGGAGGCACCCAAAUUCGAUGGAGGGGCCCCACUUAAGGGUUAUCUGAUGGAGAGGAAGAAAAAAGGAUCAUCACGAUGGACAAAACUGAACUUUGAUGUGUAUGAGGACACAAAGUAUGAAGCAAAGAGAAUGAUCGAGGGAAUUCUAUAUGAGAUGAAAGUUUAUGCCGUCAAUGGUAUCGGAGUCUCAGCACCAAGUGUCAACUCCAAACCUUUCAUGCCAAUUGCUCCUACUAGUGAGCCCACCAAGCUAACGGUUGAAGAUGUGACUGACACAACAUGCUCUUUGAAAUGGCUGGCUCCAGAAAAAAUUGGCGCUGGUGGUUUGGAUGGAUAUGUCAUUGAAUACUGCAAAGAGGGAGAUACGGAGUGGCAGGUGGCAAAUACUGAGCUGGUGGACCGUCAGAACUAUGUGGUAAGGAAUUUGCCAACAGGAGAGAAGAUGAAUUUCCGUGUUGUAGCGGUGAAUAUUGCAGGCCAAAGCCCUCCUGCAUUCCUUGCCCAGCCUGUCACAGUCAGGGAGAUCAUGGAGCAUCCUAAAAUCCGCCUUCCUCGCCAUCUGAGAACCAAAUACAUCAAGAGAGUGGGAGAAACCAUCAACCUGGUCAUUCCCUUUCAGGGUAAACCUCGCCCUGUGGCUCAGUGGUUGAAGGAUGGAGAACCAAUCGAUCCUAAAAAAGUGGGAGUCAGAAACUCCAAUGUUGACUCAGUGUUGUUCAUUCGGACAGCAGAUAGAGAACAUUCAGGAAAAUAUACAUUAGUUCUCCAAAUUGAGGGCAUGGAAGACCGCGCCACUAUCGACAUCCGUGUUGUGGAUAAGCCAGGGCCACCUAUUGCUGUAAAAGUGACAGAUGUUUGGGGCUUUAAUGCGGCACUGGAGUGGAAGCCCCCUAAAGAUGAUGGAAACUGUGAGAUCACCGGCUACACCAUCCAGAAAGCUGAUAUGAAAACCAAGGAGUGGUUUACUGUGUACGAGCACAACCGCCGCCCUAACUGCACUGUGUCUGAUCUGGUGAUGGGGAACCAGUACAUGUUCCGUGUGUUCAGUGAGAACCUCUGUGGCUUGAGUGAGGACCCAUGUGUAAGCAAGGACAAGGCCACCAUCAGCAAGUCGGGUCUGGAGAUUAAGCGUGCUCCAUUUAAAGAAAGAGACAUGAACUGUGCACCAAAAUUUACCACCCCGUUAGUAAACAGAUCUGCAGUCCAAGGUUAUAGUACUGCCAUCAGCUGCUCCGUGAAAGGAUUUCCAAAGCCUAAGAUUAUCUGGAUGAAGAACAGGAUGAUAAUCGGUGACGAGCCAAAGUACCUGAUGCAGAACAAUCAGGGAGUAUUAACACUGAACAUCCGCAAACCGAGCCCCUUCGAUGGAGGAAAAUACGGCUGCAUGGCUGUUAACGACCUUGGACAAGAUGAAGUGGAGUGUACACUUGAGAUCAAAGCUGUCACUGUGGAGAAGAAGGACUGAACAGAAGUAAAAAAAACUAAAAAUGGGUGAAUGAAGACAUGAAGAUUUACUUAAAAAAAAUUUUAAACACAACUUCAAUUGAUGGAGUAGAAAAAUAAACAUUGACUGUGGUUUCA